AUGAGUACAAUUGAUAGUGGUACACAGCGUAAGCUGAUUUAUUCAGCAUUUGAAUAUCUCAGCAAGGAGAUAAAUGAGCAUUUUGAAGAUAAAGAAGCAUUUCAACCACGUACUUUGAUCGUUUGUGGUUCAGGUUUAGGGGGGAUUUCUAAUCGGUUAUCAUCUGACCCUAACCCACUGACUAUCCCUUAUGGCACUAUUCCAGGCUUCAAGUCAAGCACAGUUGCUGGUCACUCUGGUACUCUUGUUUUUGGAAUGAUGAAUAACACACCAGUCGUUUUGAUGAAUGGACGUUUGCAUAGUUACGAAGGACAUUCUUUCUUUGACGUCAGUUUUCCAAUAAGGGUUUUGCAUAAUUUUAAUUCUGUGAGAACAUUGAUUGUAACUAAUGCGGCUGGUGGCUUAAAUGACUCGUUUGCACCUUGUGAUCUGAUGUGUAUAUCUGAUCAUAUCAACUUUCCUGGAUUUGCAGGCAACCAUCCCUUGAGAGGACCAAAUCUUGAUGAAAUUGGCCCGCGUUUCUUACCGAUGAGUGACGCAUACGAUUUAGAAUUGAGAAAGUUGUUAUUCAAAAAGAAGACAGAACUGGGGUUGAAGAGAGCAUUGCAUGAGGGUACCUAUAUUUAUGUGUCCGGCCCAACUUUUGAGACCAGAGCUGAAAGUCGUAUGCUUCGCAUGUUAGGAGCAGAUGCUGUUGGUAUGAGUACAGUUCCUGAGGUCACUGUCGCUCGCCAUUGUGGAUGGCGAGUCCUUGCACUAAGUCUAAUAACGAACAACUGCGUGUUAGCUGCAGCACCCAGUGCUCUCGAUGAGAAUCCAGCUGCAAUGGAUGAAGGUAUCGCUUCUCAUGAAGAGGUUUUAGAAAACGGCAGGAAGGCAUCACAAGAUGUUGAAAGACUAAUUGAAGAAAUCGUUGCUGAUAUAUAA